AUGAUAUGUCGCAGCUCAGGGGUUCCAGAAAUUAAAACUAUGACGGAUGAAAUAUUGAAUCGAGCUGGCAUCCACAUCGAUGAGAUGAAUCGCAUACGUCUCAUGGAUCCAGAAAUUUCCGAUACACUUGGCGAUCUUCGAAGUCAGUCUCGCGAUUCUGCUGCUCAAAUGACAUCUUUUCGGACAACAACGGAUGGGUUAAUCAAAGCAUUUGAAGAGCUUGCAACUCUAGUCGAGGCAGAAAAGUUACGAGCAAUGGCAGCACGAAGCGCUUUUCAAUCGGCUGAUAAAGCAAGAUCAGUCGAUUCACAGCAGCUACAGAUCGUCAUACGGGAAAGACAAGUGGAACUCGAACGAUUACGGGUUGAGUUGGCUUCCUUGCAAGCUGUCGAACAGGAGCAGAAAGAUAUAAUGCAGCAAAUUAUCCAUGGCUAAUAUGCACUGUUAGAUUUAUUUAUCUGUACAAAAUUCUGUUUAUUAUUAGUUUGGAAAAUAAAUAACUUCG